AUGGACACAUUGGAAACCAUUAACCCAUUUAUACUGGCACCAUGGGAGGAGUGCGUGCAGACUAAUAGUGGUGAAACCCCAAAGACGCAUACAGAAGCGGGUGGAUCUAUGCAGAUUGUGACCUUCUCCUUCACACUAGGCAUAAGAUUAGAGCAGAACCUAUACUUGGGGGAGCUAGCAGCAAUGGUACACGCAUUGAGCACGCUACCAACACUAAAGCAGUAUAGAAUCACGCUGCUGACGAGCAACAAAGCAGCUGCACUCACUCUGAGGAACCCUCGACAACAGUGGGGUCAGGGACACGUCUGCCAAAUAUACAAGUUGAUUAAAGGCUACGAAGAAAUGGAAACCAGAUCACUAUCCAUUGGGUCUUAA